GUGUUGCCACUACUUAGUAUGGCAUGGGAAUGAGAUAAUAAAGCCUUGGCCACAGCUUAAUAAGGCAUUAUCUCAUUCCCACGCCUUACUAAGUCGUGGCCACGACUUAAUUAUCUACGCGUUAACAUGGCAUGGCCUGCGUUAUUCUUAUUUAUACGGGAUGCACAUCACCAGCAGGGCUCCGUAUAGUUAAUUAGAGUUAAAUGAUCUAUUUAAAAAUUUCAAUUUUAACAAAUCCCUGAUUAGGGCUUGCUUUUGGAUCGGCCUAUGUGUCAAUAUUAAUAUUAACAAUUAUCAAAAGUGCCGGAGUUUAAAGAGAGUUUUCUCUUUAACUUUUUUUACUGUGUUGUUUAGGCUUGAAAAUUAGCAUCUUAUUGUUGAUUUGUUUCAUUAAAGCAGUAUUUACAGUGAUAUAUUUAUAUGUAAAAGUCCUUUUAUAUCUUCCAAACAAAUAAACAAGGUUAUUCUAGUAAGAAAAUAACACAAGCAAAGGAGAAAAAAUUAAGUGACAACAAAAAUACAUUAUUAGCAGUGGCUAAAAGGUUUUUUGGCGCCAAACUCCCAAGGCCCCGCCCCCAGCAGUACCUCCUGCGCUGGGAUUGGCUAGCGAGGUCUCGGCUCCUGCGCUGGGAUUGGUUGGCAGCGUCCAGUCUCCGUCGGGGGGGGGGGUUGUGAAUGUGCGCUGACGGAAUAAGGAGGGGAAACAAUAAAAAACGCCGCCUGGCUUUAAAACUGAAAGGUAAUGCCGUUACUAUAGCAACGAAAAACGCCUCCGCUGUUGAAAAUGACCUGCACUAGCACGCGAUGCGUAUCCUGGCAACGAUAGAUGACCACAGAGGAUGAUAGAGAAGGAGAAACCCGUCAGACCUGAACUGCUCAGGUGAACAGCUUCACGUUAGCAGCGCUGCUGUAGGAGGUGAGCGAGUCCUGCAGUGAACAGUCCAGAAUGAAGUCUUACCUCUGACAGCAUGGGGCGUUUCCUCGAUGGCUGCCAACAGUUCUGUGCCCCUGGUGUUUCGGCUCCAUGAAAACACUCCGGAGGUGGUGCGGGAGGUGCUGCUGGAGCGUGGCUGGGAAGAGUAUGACCCACAAGAGCAGGAGGAAGGGGACUGGAACCUCUACUGGCGUACCUCAGCCUUCCGCAACUUUGAGUAUGAGAACAUUUUACCCUGGCAGAGGCUGAACCAUCACCCUAAAACGGCGAGAAUUGCACGCAAGGACUGCCUGGCACGCAACCUGAGAAGAAUGAGGGGCACGUAUGGCGCUGCCUUGUAUGGCUUCAGCCCCACGGCCUUCAUCCUCCCGAAUGACUACACCAGGUUCCUGGAAGUGUAUACCAAGACUCGUGUGGAAAAUGCUAGAAAGCCGGGAUACUGGAUCUGUAAACCGGUGGAUCUCUCCCGAGGAAGAGGAAUCUUUAUCUUUGAUGACAUCAAGCACCUGGCUUACAAUUCCCCUGUUAUUGUACAGAAAUAUAUCAGCAACCCUCUUCUAAUCUCAGGCUACAAGUUUGACUUGCGGAUCUACGUCUGUGUGAAAAGCUUCAGUCCUCUUACCAUCUACAUGCACCAGGAGGGCUUGGUGCGUUUCGCGACAGAGAAAUACAACCUAGCAUCUCUGGACAACCUGUUCUCUCACCUGACGAACACCAGCAUCAACAAAUUCGGUCCAUUUUACACCACAGAUAAAGAGCGGGUAGGUCAGGGGUGUAAGUGGACAUUGAGCAAAUUCCGCAGUUUCCUUCACAGCCAAGGCAUCAACGAACUUCUGCUCUGGCAAAAGAUCAACAACAUAGUGACGCUGACCCUGCUCACGAUGGCUCUCAUUCCGUCCAGCCCCAACUGCCUGGAGCUGUUUGGCUUUGAUAUCCUCAUCGAUUCCAACUUAAAGCCUUGGCUGUUAGAGGUCAAUUAUAGCCCUGCACUUUCUCUGGACUGUCCUGCUGAUAUAGUGGUCAAAAAAGGAGUGAUAAAUGAUCUCAUCGACUUGAUGAAUUACAGGAAGGUAGAUGGUCUAAGACAGCAAGAAUAUCUCAGACGAAGACACAAACGAACUUGCUGUCUAGGUAGCCCGUCUUCACUAAGAAAAAGCCCUGCACCAUUUCUGAUACCAAAGUCUGUGUCUGGAAAGAAGAGGCAAAGGCAGUCCAGCUUAAAUUCUCUGAAUGGAGAAAAUCUUGAGUGUCCAUCAGUGGAGAGAAGCGUUAAUUCACAAGGCUCUGCUCUUCAUCCAGCCUGUCAGAAUUCAAAGGCCGUCAUUGUUAGUGGAAACAAAACAAAGAGUCCUCUACAAGUGGAGGGCCCCACCUGCUGGUCUGAACUUGAAGAGUCACUUGAAAACCACAGGCAUAUAACUAGGCGCUCCUUAUCAAAUGCAUGCAGGUUACCUGCCAUUCAUGACCCCAAGUACAAGCCCCCAAGGUUCUCAUGGGACCAGAGAACUCAUGAAAUGACCACACCAUCCCUUCGCGUGGGAGAUUUCAUACUGACGUUUCCUUUCAACGAGGUCACUUGGAAAGCCUCACAGGAUGCACUGGAUGUAAAGACUGUAUUGCACGAAGUACAUCAGCUCACGAGUCAGCUUACCUUCUCUUGUGUACACAGAGAGAAGAGAGGGAAGGAGAAUAAUGACAGCAGUACAGCCAUAAAAGAUAAAUUCGCAUCUCUCCUCUGGGGUCCUAGAAACCCCCCACUUCUGAGUGAAUACUGCUCCUCAAACUGAAUAGGCCUGGCCUUUCAAGUAAAAUGCUUGAGGAAGGAAAAUAUUCCCAGUUGGAUGUUGGAUGACAGCUAGCAUUUAACUUGAUACAUGCAGAUAUUGUAUUUUAAAAAAAUGUCUGGCAACUCACAGGAGAGUGAGAGCAAGUGUACAGCAGUGAACCCAGACAGUGAAAGUUAUCUCGGUGACUUUGGCUGUAGUAACAAAUGAGAUGGCUGUAAUCUGUUAUUACAAUAGCUCUGAUUUUUAAUGUUAUAUCACUGUGCUUACAUUA